AUGGUUCAUUCAGAUGAUGAUGAGGUUGCUACACCCAUUCAAAGAGGGGAAACUAGUAGCGAGAAAAAGAAACGUGGCCCUACGGGAAUGAAAGAUAUAACACGUUUUAGUAGUGAGGGACGGAGAAUGGUUAUUCAGUACAAUGAACUAGGUCAACCGAUUGGACCGAAUGCAACGAAGUUGAAGAGUUUUAUUGGAACGGCCGUAAGGUUUCACGUUCCUAUCACGUACUCUACUUGGCAUGCUGUUCCAAUGGAGAUGAAGGAGAAAAUUUAUGAAUUGAUUGAGGCCGGCUUCAUUCUUGACCCCAAGUCGAAGAAAAGCAUACUUCAAAACGUGGGAGUAUGCUAUCGUGGGUUCAAGUCGAGAUUGACAACUACGUACGUACUUCCAUUUAAGGACGAUGUGAAGAAAUUAAAGCACCCACCAGCGGAAUACUCAUUCAUCGAUCAAGACCAUUGGGAUGAAUUUGUGGCUUCACGGUUGAAGGAAGAUUUUGGAAAAAAAAGUGCAGACGGUAAACUGAAAAGGAGCCUGUACAAAUACAACCAUAGAACAUCUCGCAAGGGGUAUGCAAAUUUGGUUGAGGAGUUGCGUGCAUCUUCUUCGUCAGAUCAAAUAGAUCGAUCGAUAGUAUGGAAACAUGCACGGUUGGAUCGUAAGGGAGAGUUCCCAGAUAAAGAGACGAUGGACGUUGCCAAUCUCAUUGACGAUCUAAUGGGCAACCAGAAGGGACGUAGUUUAUCUGGUGGUGACGAUGUUCUCACCCAGGCAUUGGGAGGGAAAGAUCGUCCGGCAUACUCCGAGGCGUGGGGAAGUAUGUGA